CCGAAUCAAAAUAGAUUCAUUUCUUUUGCGUUCUAAAACGCUCGUGUGCACUACCUACGUUCAGUUCACUUGGAUUAUUUCGUCGAAAAACAAAGAAAAUGGCUCAGGCACCAGAAGUACUCCCCACCAAUCCGCAAGAAUAUGAGCGUGCUCUUAAGUUGAAAGACAUCGAAAUUGCCAGCUUGAACCAGAAGCUGGAGUUGUUGGAACUGGAAGUAGCAGAAGCGCAAAAAAUCAAGACUCAAAAAAACAAGCAGACUGAAGAAGUGCAAGCUUUAAAAACCCAGUCGGAGGGCAUCUUGACCAAAGCAAAGGCGAUGAUUUUCGAAAACACCAAAGUAAUUAAGAAUCAAGAACUGCAAAUCGAGGCAUUGGGUCAGCAGAAUGAAAGUCUCAAAGAUGUGAUUAACAUUACAAAAGACCUAUUGGAAAUCAGGAACUUGGAAGUGAAACAACUGGAAAACAAAAUCGAGGCUAUGGAAAAUAAGGUGAAAGCUGAGAAACAACGCCAGGAUUUGCUGCAUCAAAAGUUAGAGACGAUGAUUCGGCAUAAUGGAGAACUGAAGCGCGAAUAUGAGACCCAGUUAUGUCUCUUUAAUGCCUUAAGGGAAAGAUACAGUGAAAAGGAAUUAGCCAAAGGUGUUGUGGAGGAUUUGCGUCAUGAUGUUGCAAAUGCGCGAUUAGAACAAAGAGUUGAACAAAAUGGGACGCCAACUGUGGAAGCCAAUGGUGAUGCUACAGCUAGUGACGCUCCAAAGGAUGAAGGCGGUGAAACUUCCCAGCCUGAAGGUGGAAAUAGCACUUAAUAGGAAUUUAUCGCUUUAUUUACAUUUGUAUAUAGAAGGAGGAUAACUUCAUGUAAAUUAUGUUGCUUUUUUACCGAAUGUUAAAUAGGUAUGAUGGAACGUAAUAAAAAAUAUACUUGAAA